CAUCAACAACAACCAUCAUACUACCACCACUACCACUGCCACGACCAAUAAUUAUCCCCCAAACCACCACCACCACCACAACAGCAGCAACAACAGCAGCAUCGUCAUCAGGAGCUGCAGCAACACCACAACAAACACCCAUAACAAUAACAACAUCAUUAUCAACACCAGGCGUUUCAACAGCAGCAGCAGCAGCAACAACAACAACAACAGCUACAACAACAUCAGCAGCAGCAGUAGUGGUAGCAGUAGCAGCAGCAGCAGAAGCAGCAGAAGCAGCAGCAGCAACACCAUCAUCAGCAGCAGAAUCAGUGCAGGUAUCGGCAAGCGUGCACUGUGCACGGCCACACUCGGUAGAGCGCAUCAUCGCCUGUGUAGCAUGCAGGGUUCUUACAGCAUCAACGGUCUGCUGUCCGCCUCUCAUGAUGGGGCCCCACAGACGCUGGCCGAGAACUCCACGUCUCGACCUUCUGACGCCGCCGCUGCCGCCGCCGCCGCCGCCGCCGCUCUAGCAAAUGGAUUUAACAAUGCCAAAUAUCUGGGCUACGGCAGUCAGUCAUCUGUGACGGCAGCAGUGGCACACACCAGUAAAGAGAAUCAGACUUCACCCGGCGCCACGAGUAGUGAGUACCAGAGGGAGCAAAGUUCGGUGGCGUUGAAUCACUACUCAGAUAUACCUUACGGUCCUCAACAAGUGAAACGGAAGCAGAGGCGGUACAGAACGACGUUCACAAGUUAUCAGCUGGAGGAGUUGGAAAAAGCAUUCCACAAGACACACUACCCGGAUGUAUUCUGUCGAGAGGAGCUGGCGUUAAGGAUUGAUCUAACAGAAGCCAGAGUUCAGGUAUGGUUCCAGAACCGCAGAGCAAAAUGGCGGAAACAACAGAAACAGCAAGGAAAAGACAUAACCAUCACGCAAGGUGUUGUUGUUAGAAUGACAGCUGUUGUUGGCACCAAUGGAGUGGAAGAGUAA